CAACAGAAAUGAGGACAAAAAGUUUUCUACUUUACCGUACAUUCUCUCGCCGUUAUGUCCCAAUUUCCAGUCAGUACUGUUUCUAAACACCAAGGAUUGAGCAUAGCGGUUCCUAAAAAUAUCGAAAAUGUUGAAUAUAUUGGACCUAGGCUUCCUAAGCUUGGCUUUUACGGUUUCCUGUACAGGCUUCCUUAUUAAUCAUUAUGAAAAACACGUACCGGCAUUUAUAAUUAAAGGAUUCAAGUACGGUGCUUUUGCCUAUCAAGGGUCUGGGGCAAAUUAUGUACAAUUAAUAGAAAUACCUAAAUCCCUGUAUAGACAUUUCUAUGCCUUUUCCUCUAUAUUUAGUGUCUUAACAUUGGUUUACGCAGUGUUAGUCUAUUAUUUUGAACACAGUGUCAGUAAAUAUGUAGUAUUUAUGUUAAAAUUAAUAUUGGAACAAGAUGAACCUUCAGUAUCUGCUUCUGCAGCCGUAAUAGCACUGAGCUUGCUUACAAUUCAGUGCUUCCGACGUUGCUAUGAAACAUAUUACCUUCAAGUGUUCGCCAAGAACAGUAAGAUGAAUCUGAGCCACUAUAUCGCUGGUCUUGUUCAUUAUUUCGCUGUUAUUGUUGCCGCUAUUGGACAAGCUCCAUUGUUUUGUGGUAGUCAAGACAGAGACAAAGUUCUCUGGAAUGACACCAGAACACAACUGCUUGCCAUACCAUGCAUUUCAGUAUUUAUCUGGGCAUUUUAUGAACAGUACAAAACAAAUAUCAUAUUUGCUAAUUUAAGGAAAGAUAAAACAGGAAAAGUUAUAACGGAAUCACACAAAAUACCAUAUGGGAGAUUAUUUGAGAUUGUGUCAAGUCCACAUAGAUUGAGCGAGAUUAUUAUCUAUACAGUACUGUUAUUAUUAAUACCGACAAAGACCUUCUUCUGUAUUUACUUGUGGGUUCUAUGCAAUCAGAUUCAAACAGCAAUCCAAGCACAUCUUUGGUACAAAAAUACUUUCAAGGAAUAUCCAAUGAAAAGGUAUGCAGUUAUACCUAGAGUGCUGUAAAUUAGUUUUUAUUUUUGAUUUUAAUAUAAAUAUGAAAUUAUUUACAAUAUUAAGGCUGCAUUCAAUUUCAAAUUAUUUAAUCAAAGACCUGUUUUAUUAUGUUAUAA